UAAAAUUGUUAAACGAUUAAAUACAAGUGAAAAAAUUAACUAUAUUCAUCAAUAUGCUUAUUUAAUACAUCGUCUAUUCUAUGUACAAUUACGAGAAAGUCAAUGGAAGUAUUAUUAUGAUAUUGGUAUGCAAGAAAAUAUUUGGUUCGGUCUCGUAUCAAAAAAAUGGGCUGCUAUGAAUAGUAUGCAUCAUACUUAUGGUCGCUCAAAAACAUUAAUCGUACAAAGUCUAACAACUCUUCAACGACAACUUCAAGAAGCAUUACAAGAGUUUGGCAAUCCACCAUUACCUCAAUGUUUAUCUGAAAUGAAGCCUUCAUUAGAUUUUACAACAAUGUCAGCAAUCGUUAUAGUUGUUGUCGGACAAGGUGAACAUAAAUUAAAGCAACAAUUUGAAUAUAAUAAAAAAAUUUUAAAAUUAGACUCAACAGAUCAUCGUUUAGUACAAUAUGUUUAUGAUUUGAAACCUAAUAAACAACAAAUUCGUUCUAUUCGUAAUAUAUGGAAAGCAAUUUAUAAUAAAAAAGCUUGUUAG